CCACAAGCCGCUGCCCCACCGCCCACAUCUUAGCACGCACUGCUGGCACUGCCCAGCACUGAGGGGACGCCACCCACCAUACUGAGACGUUCUCUGCCUUUGCCGACCAACAAGACAACAUGGCCUUUCAAACUAUCUACUACCUCACGACUCUAUCUCUUCUCGUCUCCACGUGUGCAGCACAAGAUGAAGAUGAAGAUAAGGAUGCUAAGAUUAAAGACCUUCAAGGACAACUUGACCUGCUGAAGGCCAGAGUGGAGAUGGUGGAAGAGAUCAUUCGGGAUGCGGGCCUCCACAUGCCUGAUCCUAACCAACUUGCUGCAACAGUAGCUCCCAAGGCCAACAAGACAGGACCCUGCGAGUGUCAGCCUGGAGAGCCCGGUCCCAUGGGACAUCAGGGCUGGCCCGGGAUACGGGGACAGCCUGGUAUAAUGGGACCCAGAGGUCAGAAAGGAGAAUCUGGUUCCCCGGGAAGGAUAAUUCUGACCGGAGAACCGGGGGUGAAGAUCCCGGACGUGGUGCCCGGCCCGCCCGGCCCUCCUGGUCCCCCCGGUCCGCCGGGUCCUGCCGGUGUGCAGGGUCUCCCUGGGGUCACGGGCAUGAAGGGAGAGGCAGGACUUCCAGGAGAGUCAGCUACCAUCCUUCGUGACGGAACCGCCGAUGCCUGCAGCCUGUGCCCAACCGGACCGAAAGGCGACCGCGGCCCGAGGGGAGAGAUCGGUUACCCCGGGUUACCGGGGCUCCAGGGCCGCUCAGGCAUCCCUGGCUUCCCGGGAGUUCCGGGAAUGAAGGGUCUCCCUGGAGAUACUGGUACUGCAGGAACCUGCGACGCUUCCGCUUGUGCAGAGGGGGCCAAGAAAGACCGCGGGAAGAGCAGAAACCGCGGCGAGCGCAGGAAGGGCAGGAGGGGAAAGGGGCGCAGGCGCAAGAGCGACAAGGAGAAAGCCGAGAACAGUGGAAGUUUCAGUCCCCCGCCCUCUCCUGUCCCUACCCCUACUCCCCCUCCCUCUUAAAUGGUAUCACCUAGGUCCUGAGCAACUGGGUGGUAGAGAAGGGGAUCUUUCCAAGAUUUAGCGAAAUGUGUUAACCACAAUCUACGACAUGCAAUUCAAAAACGAUUGAACUCUCAAGAUUACAAAUUUACCCCGAUUAUCUUGUCUUCGAAUUCCUUAAGACAACUACGGACCUACAUUCUUAGAACAAGCCAGAUAACGCUCUUGCUUACGAUAUAAAGAUUAGAAACUCUUUGUUUUGUAUAAUAGAUAGAAUGUAAGGAAGGGUUAUGACAAAAUACGUCCAAAGAAUGCGACUACACGGUUUCAUUUGUCACUCAUUUAUGUUCAUAUGGCUCGCCCCUCGACAAUUUUAUAAUAAGAAAUCAGAAUAUCUUUGAUUUCUCGUAAAGGCCACGUUGCGCAUGCGUCACGGACCCCCUGAGUUUCCUUCACACCUCUACUUCAUUACUUUUAUGUUUAUCAUAAACCCAUAAAUCGCACUUGGAGACAGUCGUAAUUCAUUUAUAGACAUUUUUUUCAUCAUCGAUCAUAUCAUCUAGUCAUAGAUGAAUAUUCCAUCUGUUUAGCGGUGCUUCACUAAAUCAGGCAACCGAAAGCAUUCCUUUUUCAUUCAGGUACUGUAUAAUAUUCAACGUGUAAUCUAUCUAGAGCUGUAAGUGUUAAAAUUUGUUUAAUAUAGUACCUUUUCGAAGGAUCAUUAUGUUUAUUACAUAACUGUAUUUUUUCUUAAUCUAAUGGUACCUGAAAAACAGGUCACAAUCUAGACUUGAGAUAUAUUAGUCUGGUUAAACAAUAAACUAGGUACUAGUGGCUCGUGCACCGAAUACAAAUUGUAUGUGAUAUUACGUUACAUGACACUGUGAAGAAAGAUGUAUGUGACGAAAUAGAGUUGCUAUGCUAUGGAGUAAGACGUGUGUACACUUCGUAUUAAGGACACUUCAAUAAACAAUGCUAGUGGUGUUAA